AUGUCCCUCUUACUGCAGCUCAGCGCCGUGGCGCAGCGCACGUUCGGUCCUGUGGGAGGGGGCCACGGCUGGGCAGCCGAGCACGGGCAGGCACCGUCUGUGAGUCACGGCGCACUGACUGUGCACGGUGACUCCCGGCUCUACCUUGUGCGCGACUCGGCGGGAGAGGACUGGGCGAGGCACUCCUACGUGCGCCUCGACCUGGGUGCGUCUCCCCUGCGCUUCACGAUCGACACGAGCAACGUGCCGUGCGGCUGCCUGGCAUGCGUUUACUUGGUGUCAAUGCCUGACCCAGAGGCUGGCCGAUCCAACUAUUGCGACAUGGCGGAGAAUGUGGCGCCUGGCUACCGUGGUCAGACCUGCAUUGAGAUGGACAUACUCGAGGCAAAUUCGCACGCGAUGCAGGCGGCAAUUCACACUGAGGUUGGGGGCGAAUACGGCUCGGGAAAUUGUGAUCGGAAUGGGUGCUUCAUGCGCGUUGGCGGGCCGCAAGCCGACCGGCCCCGGCAAAACAGCUACGGCGUUGGCAAUGACCGGCGCAUAAACAGCGCGAGGCCGUUCGACGUGGAGGCGAGCGUUGACGUGCAAGGCCGCACGACGAUCAUGUUGCGCCAAGAAGGGGUGCGGGUCACGUCGUUUGACCCUCGCCUCGCUGGGAACCCGCAGGGACAGGGCGUGCCGGCAGCGGCAUUGCAAAAGACUCUGAGUGCGCAGGGCACCUUGGCGCUCGUGGCUUCCAUGUGGCGGGCGAAUGACCUCGCGUGGCUGGAUGGCGGCUGCGGUCAAUGUGACCUCAGCCGCGCCUCCUUCACUAUCUCGAAUCUUCAGUUCUCUGGAAUGGCUAAGCCGCCGCCGCCGCCACCGCCGUCACACCCUCCGCCGCCGCGGCCAAAGCCCCCGCCUGCGCCGCCGGAUCCCGUCCAGCCACCGCCGUCACCACCACCACCAUCGCCGUCCCCUCCGCCGCCACUGCCGCCACUGCCGCCGCCGCCCUCUCCAUUUCCACCGCCCUUGCCGCCGCCGCCGCCGCCAGUGUCGCCACCCUUCUUGCUUGGAACCACACCCGCAAAUGCAGCGCUCGCCGCGCUGAGCGGUGCCCUACUGAUUGGCGUUGCAAUAGCGGCCAUGCGCAUCAGUCUUGGCUCGAAGCCGCCACCACCGCCGGUGCAUGAAUUCGCCAUUUGA